CAGCCGUCGGUAGGGAGGCGUUUACGGGUGUGGGGUUUGAUUCUGUGGUCAACGAGUCAGGCUUCUGCUGUGUUAGCGCCGGAGGUGGAGACAGUAACAGAGAAUGGACUGGGAAGAUGAAUAUUCCCCUAAUUCUUUUGACCUGCAUUGUUUGUUAAAUUCGUUUCCUGGAGACUUAGAGUUUAAGCAGAUUAUCAACGACAUUGAUGAAAAGAUCGAACUAAAUGCUACAAGCAUAGAACAUUGCAUUAAAGAAAUACAGUCAGAAGUUAACAAACAGUGUCCAGAGGUGCAGCUACAAACAGCAACUGACUGCUUCGAAUGGCUUAAUAACUAUAGUUAUACUUCAUCUAAGUCACCUUCCAUUCCUCAUGGAGAUUUGAUCAAAUUCCUCAAAACACUGCAAGAUUUUUUGAAGAAUGAACAAAAUCAAGAAGAAAUGAUUUUGGAUUUACUUUGGGACCUUUCCUGCCAGACCAGCAUUUUAUUCCCAUAUGCUCUAAGUGGAACGUCUUUCCAUUUCCUCUCCAGGACUUCCCUUCAUUCUGUUGAAGAUCAUUCCUCUAUGGAUGUAAAGUCUAUAUGGGAUGAUAUAAGACUGCACCUUCGACGCUUCUUAGUGAGCAAAUUACAAAGCCAUAAUGAAAUAAACAAUUCAGAGCAGAAAAUCUCAUUGAAAAAUCAUUGCAUACAACAACUUUUGCUUCUUUAUCCAGAGUCAGAAGUUAUAAUCAAGUACCAAAACAUACAGAAUAAACUGUUGGCUAAACUUCUGCAGAACUACUUUCCUUCUUACAGCAGAGAAUCAAAUUUAGACAUAAUGGUUCAUGGAUACCAAAGUGCAAUGCUUAAGUUAUAUUCAAUGAUAAAAGAGGAUUUUAACACACUAUGUGAAAUUUUAGCUCCAUCCUCUACAGUGCAAUUCAUUAAAGAAACCUACCUGGAUACUGUUACGGAAGAAAUGGCUAAAUUUCUUGAAAAAUUUUGUGAGCUACAGUUCAAAGAAAAUGCUGGCCGUGUGAUUAAAACAAGCAAGAGCUCCAGCAAGCAUAGAGGAGCAGUGCAUGCUUUGGUUACUCCAGAAUGCCCACAAAAAGGAAGAAAUUUCUCCCUCUCCUUGGAUGAACUAGAAUUCUUAUCACAGAUCGUAAGAUGCUUUUUGAAACUGGAAAAAAAUGUUCAAGAAUUGUUUGAAGGAAUGUUUCUAUCACUUAAGAUACCCAGGAAUACUAUUGGCAUGUUGGAGACAUCUAGUAGAGAAGUUGUAAUAGACAAACCUAGACCAAAUGAAACUACUAUUCCUUCAGAGCAAUUGCUACCAGUAAAAGAGGCUACUUUACUAGAUUUUGGCUGGAGAAGUGCCUUUAAAGAAGUGUCUCUUCCCAUGGUACAUUGCAUAAGAACAGCAAUUGAAGAUUUUUCCACAAAAAUUCUCCAGCAUGAGCAGAAUGAAAGGUCUUUAACUACAAGCUAUACUAUGAGCCUUGUAAAUGUCCAGCAAGUUUGGCAAAACAGUAGCAUGAGUUCUGUGGAGGACCAACCAAAGAAAAUUGCAAAGUUUUGUUCUGACAUCAUGGAAAAACUUGACACAAUGCUUCCACUGGCUCUGGCAUGCAGUGAUGAUUCUUUUCAGGAAAUUAGAGCAAACUUUGUGGAGACCUGUUGUAAAGUGGCAACAGCUGUCCUGGCGAGACUGCAAGAGAGAAGCAAGGAGGUUCCUUCUAAAGCACCCCUGAAAAACUUGCAUGCGCUCCUCUCCACAGCAGUGUACAUCUUCCAGCAUUAUACACAAUAUGAUAAUUUGAUGAAAGAAACUACUAAGAAACCCAUAUUCCUGGUGCCUGUCCAACGAUAUCAGGAAUUCAUCAACACUGUACAGUUUCAAGUUACAGACUACUGCAUCAGAGUGUGUGCUACAAGCAUUUUGCAGGAUGCUGAGAGCCACCACUGGGAUGACUACAAAGCUUUUUAUGAGGGGGAAAGAUGCUCCUUCUCACUCCAGAUGUGGCAUUAUUUCUGCUGGGCUCUUCAUCAUGAUCUCUGGACCAUUCUGCCCCCUAAGUUAGCCCAGGAGAUUCUAGCAGAAGUGUUGGAGAAAUCUUUGGGUCUACUGGCCGCCCGAUAUGCUCGAGCCCAUCCCAGUUAUAAAAGAACUCCACAGAUAAGACUUGAUGUUACAACAAUUUUAAUAUGCACAGAGAACAUGUUAUGGUCAGUCUGUUCAUCUGUACAGAAACUUUUGAAUCCUCAUGAAUAUAUAGAUGAUAAAAUUUUUAAAAUUCACACCCAUUGUAAUAAUCUGUUUACAACAUUAGUCAUUUUGACUUCACCAUUAACAGAAUUAUAUAAGAUUUUUCAGCAUGGCAUGGAUGAUUCUGCCUCAGAUUCCUUAAAAUCAUUUUUCAAUCAGCCAUUAUACUGGUUUUCUUGCAUAGAACAUUUCUACCCUUCUUUCCUCAGGACUUCAUCAGCUGGAGGACUGACAGCCGAGGGUCAGUUGAAACUGCUCUUAUCUCAGCCAUGUUGUAAUUGGAGCCUGCUUCUGGAAACCCUACUGCAUCACGAUGCUCUCUUACUGAGAAUCUUGCUGAAGAGCUCAAAAUGCACUUUUCAAGAACAAGUUCCUGAUAAAGAAAAGAAUCCAAACCAAGGAUCCAGCUUGAUAGAAGCCAUCUUUAAAGUACUGUAUAAUUGCAAUUUUUCUCCACAAACCUUCGGAAAUGUUUUUGUGACCUACAUGGAAGAAGAACAAUUAUGGGACUUUUUAUAUAACAUCCCAGCCUUAGCGUGCACCAAGUUGGAGCUGGAAGUCAUCCGAUGCUUGAGAUUGGCACUGAUGGAUGCUGUCAAGGACAUUGUACAGCAGAUAACAUCUGUGUUGAGCUAUGGGAAAAACUGCGAGACAAAGCUAAGUAAGCACAAUGUUCCUGAAUGUUUGCUUAAGAGCAUUCCAAAAGAAUGGAAAUAUAUUCCAAAAGACACCAGAAGGAAAGAAUCAAGCAAAGGCUUCACAAGGCUUGCUGCACAGGCAGUAUCUAUUGUAAUCAGCAAGUUACCUACGGUGAUUGCAUGUUUGCCUCCCCCAAUUAAAUACUUCUUUUUUCUGUCUGAGAGAAAAAUGUCAAAAAACUUUGUUGAAUUGAAGAAAGCUGGCCUCCUUGUCUGGAACUUGAUUGUAAUUAUAUGUCGGAUAUUUGAGGAUAGAAACACUGUGGAACUUUUAACAGGUGCCUCCCUUGACAGAUGGAGUAAAGAGAAACUUGGUUUAAUCUGCACGUGUUUGGAAAGCAUCAUAGGAAAGACAAGUAGCCCUAAUCAAAUGACCCAAAAGGUCAUACAGAGCAUUGAACAGCAAAAGCCUAACUGGAUUGAAGGUCAAUUGUUGAAAACAAGAAAAUUGAGCACUGAAUGUGCGUUUAUGACAAUACAGAAAAGCACAGCCUCGGAAGAAGGAGAUAUUGCUCUUGAACUGACUGAGCAGAAAAUAAACACGAUGGUCCUGGAUAUCUGCCACAAACCAGGUGGCAGCGAGUACCUGAGGCAAAUUUAUCACAUCAUGCGGCUCAAUGAGGAAUAUUUAAAAGAACAGCUGCGUACCAUGAAUGGUUCAGAGGGAAUGCCAUUACCCACCCGACCUUUAAAGAUGACCUUGAAGAGUGUGGAAGAUCAGCCUUCUGCCUUUAACCCUUUCCAUGUGUAUAAAGUGUUUAGUGAAAACAUUCUAGAUCAGUCAGCCAUCACAAAAUGGAACUGGAAUUGGUCAAACUUGCUGCCAAAUUAUCUGGGACUGGAUAAGAUGACCUUCAGUACAUUGCUUGGAAACAGGUGGGAAAUGAGGAAGGAUGAAACACUAGAAGAGGAAGAAAAAGCAAUGCUGGAACAUUUAAAACAAAUUUGUACCAUACAGAACUCUUCUGCCUCAGAUAACACAGAAGAACUAUAAUCUGCAGGCAACAGCAAUGGCUAUAUUUUAGGAAAUAAUCACACAUAAUGGAGUAGGAUUUUUCCUAAAGUCAGAAUGGACCUCAGAUGUGCUGUGAAGCAUGAAAGCAAUGACUGAGUAAUCACUGUACUGAAAAGAAAUGCAGCACAUAGAGAAUAAGGUGCUAUAUAUAUAUUUUUUAUUUUAAAAAUAAUUUCAAAUGUUUUUCUUUCCCCAACCUUUCUUUUUCUAUGAUAUAACUGCUGCCAUCUCGUGUUCCCUUAGAACUAUUUUUCCUCCUUUCAUUCUUGAAGUAUCUUGACAACAGUCAAAAUGUUUGGAAUUCUUUUCCAUAAGGAUUUUUAAAUACAACAAUUGGAUGUUAAGCUGAUAGUCACAGAGCCCACUGAGGGUCAUCAGAAAUUUUUUUAGUCAUUUUCAAGUUAUUUCUGAGGCUGUAGCCCAAGUCCAGGUCUUAAUUGCCUUACUACCCCUCAUUGUACCAGUCUCCCUUCCUGUAGUGUCUUCUUCAUCUAAUUUAUCUUAAUAACAGCCCCCCCCAAAAGCACUAUCCUGAAGUAUAACUUCAGUCCUAUUUCUUCCUGUAGUGGCUUUUCAGUUCUCCUCCUCCAUCUGAUUUAAAUUGCUUCUAAUCAUAUGCUUCAACGCCCUAUACAAAAUGGCUCAACCAACUGCCUGCUACCCUCUUGGCUCAAGUCGCACACUUGCCAUUCCUUCCUAUCAGUAACCACCUUUCUCUCAAAAUUAUAUUCAAAACCCAUCCCAGUAAUCUCUAUUCCAAGGCUCAUUAUCCAAAAUAUCUUUCCUUAUAUCUUACUUACAUUACAUUGACAAACACAAAAUAAGUCAACAGAACAUGUUCUAGCAUUCUCUUUGCUACAGUAGUUAUAAAUGUGAAUAGUAGUUAUAAAUACCUACUAUAUUCCUCCUAUCAGUGCCUAAUAUUAGAUUAUAAAGACCUUGAAGGCCUUACAAUAUAAUAUAACAUAAAGUCUCCCUUUAUAACUCUACAUUUGCUUACCAUAGUCUUAUUCGAAGAGUUGGCAGUUAAUAAAUACAGUUGUUUGACUGACUGCCUUGAAACAAGACAUAAAAGGCAAUUAGACUGUUGCGCAAUCUACAAGACAUCUGGGAGAAUUCUUAUAUUAUGGACUGUUUUAGACCAUAUGACACCAACCAUCAUGGUUUCUGAUCUUCUCAGAAAUAUGGUGGAUCACCCAUGUUCCCAUAUUCUGUGAUGCUUAUAAUAUAUGUGUAGGCUGCAUGAUUUCUAAGGGAAAGUAUUUAUGCAUUUUUCAAAGAGUAAAAGCUUGGGAGAAAGAUGAGGUCACUUUAGAAAAUUAUUAUUUCUUUAAACAAAAACACACAAAUGGACAUUUAGUCAGUUGCCUGCCAAAUGACACAUUUUAUUUUUAAAGAGUGUGCUUUAGUUGACUAGUAUCAUCAUGAACCAAAUGUUUUAAGAUAUGAUUGAAAGAAUUUCUAAAAAUUUUAUGCAGCCCAUUUAAAAAAUUAUAAGAGAAUUUUAUGAGACCUGGACUUUCCAUCUAGACUUAUCAAGUCAUUAUGUUAAAUAAUAACAUAAUAUUCUAGAAACACUACAAGAAAUACUAUAAGGCAACAGUUGACUUUAUUCCUUUAACUUGACGGUGGUCUAUGCACUAAAUCUGCAGAACUAUGUUUAUUAGAAUAGACGCUAAAAUGUAAAGGCAAAAUAAAAAUAAACUGAUCCAAUAAACCAAAUAAAA